GUGACCUUGACACUGCUCAGUCAGUCCUCCGCUUCCUUUCCUUUGCAGCGGGUCAGCUCCUUAACUGACAAACACCGCUUUUCUCUUCUAACCGACCGCCACGUCUCGACCGGGCGGUCUCGCGCCUGUGAAACCUCCGCUCCGGCUCGCGCUCGGCGCACUCCGGCUGCUUCUCGAGCUUUUUGCGCAACUCUCACAUGUCCGACCGCGGUAGACUCGCAGCCCCAGCGGCUCCCCGGCGGCAGGCCUCUGCGUUCACCGCGUGAGCAUCCGUCCUCACGCCGCGGUUGGGCGGGUCCUGCUCGGCCGCGGAGGAAAGCACGUGCCCGGUGCACCGCUAGCCUCCGCUCCUAUGAGUCAAAGCGACCGCACCGGGGGAUGAGCUGUUGAGCUGGGCUGUCAGAAUGAACGGCACUCAGCAGUGCGAUACCAAGAGACAGCACCUCCUGGAGAGGCUGCUGGAUGCAGUCAAACAGUGCCAAAUCCGCUUUGGAGGAAGAAAGGAGAUCGCCACAGACUCAGAUAGCCGGGUGAUCUGUCUGUGUGCCCAGUUUGAAGCGGUGCUGCAGCAUGGCCUGAGGAAGAGCCGAGGUCUGGCUCUCACCGCCGCUGCUCUCAAGCAGGCUGCAGGCUUCAACACCAAGACCGAAGGAGAGGUCACUUUCUGGUUCUAUGUGAAGGAGCAUCUGAACCGCCACGAGCUCCAGCGGUUCUACUCCCUACGUCACAUCUCCUCAGAGCUGGGCCGCGGUCGCGCCUGGCUGCGCUGCGCCCUCAACGAGCACUCGCUGGAGCGAUACCUGCACACACUGCUGGCUGACCGCCUUCGCCUGGGAACGUACUAUGAAGACGGUGCUUUUAUUCUCGAUGAAGAGAGGGCCAGUAUGCUCCCCACCAUGGCUGCAGGUCUGAACUCCAUCCUGUUUGCCAUCAACAUCGACAACACUGACCUGAACGGCGGGGUGACGCGAGGUGGGGCCUCCUCGGUGUCCCACCUCCUCAAGGAGUCCACGCAGGGCAUCGGCAGCCUGUGGAAAGAGUCGACUCAGGGGGUCAGCAGCCUGCUGCGAGAGAUCAGCACCGCCACGGCUGUGGUGCCCGGCUUCACCCCCAGAGUGGACGGGGCCUCCGACCCGCUACCCGUCCUGCCACGCAGCAGCUCGGCCGACUCGGGGUUGAGGAAAGAGCGCAGGAGGAGAAAGAAAAUCACCAACAUAAUUUCCUUUGAUGACGAUCUGGACGGAGGCGCGGAGGAUGAGGAGGAGGAGGGAGAGGAGGACUCCCAGAAGAUGGGCGCGAUGAGGAAGAGCCACACUGCUCCUGCUCAGAGCAGUGUGGAGGAAGGAGUAGACCCUUUGGAGCCGGUCUUCUCCGAGUCGCCAGUCCAGAACGGCAUGGCUGAGCCGGGCAUAAUCAGCUGGGUGGGGUCCCCCCAUCCCUCUCGUUCUCCGCCCACUACUCCUCCUCCUCUACCUGACAAUAAGAGUAUAGACAACGAGGAGGAGGAGGAGGAAGAGGAGAUGUACAAACCCAGAGCACAAACCCAUGAGGAGGAGAGGAGAAGCAGCUCUGAUCAGGUGGUGGUCGGCAGCCUGUCCAGUGUGUCCACCUGGAGCCCCCUACAGGUGAUGAUCGAGCACAGGAGCUCGGACAUCCUCAUUCCCCUGAACCCUGCAGACUCUCAGCCAGUGAGCUCUGUGGAGGACACGGCUGCAUUUCCUGCUCAGUGUGAGUCAACAGGACCGGUGGGAAACUGUGAGAGCAGCAGAUCGCUGCUAACGUUGAAUAUGGAGUCCAGCCCACCGACGCAGUCCGCGCCGCUCUCCAGUGUGCUGCCAACAUCUGGUCUGCCAGAGGCCAUGACCGUGGUGGAGCUGCGUCAGGCCAUUGUAGCCAUGAUGAACAGGAAGGACGAGCUGGAGGAACAAAACACGUCUCUUCGCAGUCUGCUGGACGGGGAGAUGGAGCACUCAGCCGGCCUGAGGCAGGAAACUGAUUUGCUGAAGAGGAAGCUGGCCGAGCUGGAGGAGAGACACUCGGCCAAGGUCCAGACACUGGCCAGGGAGAAUGAGGUCCUGAAGGUCCAGUUGAAGAAGUAUGUGGGGGCGGUGCAGAUGCUGAAGAGAGAGGGAAGCCAGGGAAAUGAUGACAUGUCAAUGUUGCGGCCGAGUGAAGACCAGGCUCCGGUCCCACAGAAUAAGUUCAUGGGCGACAUCGAGGAGCUGGCCGCCAGCUACGAACGCAAACUCAUCGAGGUGGCCGAGAUGCACGGUGAGUUGAUUGAGUUUAAUGAGCGGCUGUACCGUUCCCUCAUGGCCAAAGACCACCUCAUUGUCCAGAUGAGGCAGGAACUCAUUGACCUGAGAGGCCCGGUUGCAGGGGAUUUAAGCCAGACAUCAGAUGACCCCAGCCUGUCAGAUUUUGAGACGGCGCAUCGCGCUCUCAUCAACGUGUGGAUCCCCUCCGUGUUCCUGCAGGGCAGAGCUGCCAACGCCUACCACGUCUACCAGGUGUACAUCCGUAUCCUGGACAACGAGUGGAAUGUUUACAGGCGUUACACCGAGUUCAGGGAGCUCCACACCCACCUGAGGACCCAGUUUGCGCAGGUGGACACCUUCAACUUCCCACCCAAGAAAGCCAUAUGGAACAAGGAUGCCAAGUUUGUGGAGGAGAGGAGGAAGCAGCUGCAGGGCUACCUUCGCACGGUGAUGAACAAACUGAUCCAGACGCUGCCAGAGUUCACAGCCCGCCCCACCAAAGAGACCCUGCUGUCUCUGCUGCCUUUCUGUCUAGACACACCCGAGGCCAACGACGGCGGAUCCAAGACGCCCCGGUCCAAAACGUCAGCCCGCUUCCCGAGACUGGGCCGCAGCCGCAACCAGGAAACCAGACCCGAACCCCAGAGUGGCGACCUUUAACCCCCUUCCCGAAGCCUUUGAACUAAUAAUCUCUCACUCUAGAGGCUGAGGAGGAUGGGCGUUCCUGUGUCCACCUUGGACUGUGACACACAGGCUCACAGUGUGAGGACAUUACGGGUGUUUAGCGGACCUUCAGAGCCUCACAGAUGAAAGGCCUCAGUGGAGCUUUUGGAGAUGGAUGCGUUCACAGCGCAGGAAUUUCCAGGAGACAUGAAAGUGUCUGCUCAUCGCCGGGCUGAGGAAAGGACACAUUACUCCCCUAAGGCUGCCUAGCAGUGGACCCAAUCAUACAGCACCGCUUACCUCAUUGAGAGACACACGGACUCUCUCUCUCUCUCAUCCUAAACACAAUGAGACGAUGGAGAGGAGGUUUUCUUUUUCUUCUUUUCUUACUCUGCUCAGUUUGGUAGUGAAGGUGUUUCAUGGUCACAGUGCCUGCAGUGUUUUUGUAGCUGCUUUCCUGCUCUGGGAAACGAGGGGAGGGUGUGGAUUUAAGUAUUAUCUUGGGAAAUGAAUUUAGCUUUUCAGCUAAUGUGUCAGCAUUAUGGUGCCAUUACAUUUUAGAUGGCGAUGAUUCACUAUCUCUGGCGUGGGCCAUAAGGCAAUGGUUUUUCCUUUUUCCUGUUAUGUUAUUAUUACGGCUAAUGGAUAAUCUGCAAACAAAUAUAUAUAUAUAUCUUAAUGUCACCGGGGAUGCAGUGGUUAUCAAAAGCAUCUUUACAAUUCCACAUCUGAUGAAUGGAUUAGGGUUGAUGACAAAAAUUGAUUUGGGAAUGUACAAAAAUGAUGAGGGUUUGGAGUGAUAGUGAAUCUUAUAUGUCACUUAUUAAAAAAGCUAGACCUCCCACAACCUCGACACAGGCAGACCAGA